GAAAAAGUAGUACACAUAUACUACAAAAAUUACCGCCAGUUCCGGUACUCUUUUUACCGCCCCUCGUUUUGCGACGGAUAUAGACCACUUUCUUCAGACUGAGGCAGUUUCCCCCAAUUAUUUCUCCCACGCCACCACACCGGGCCCCUUCUCCGAUCCCCACCGUUCUUUGCUUCUUCUUCACUUCUUUUGUAGAUCCCACUGGCCAUAGAUGGAAGAUAAACAGGACAAUGAGGAUUAUGCCCCUCGCGGGAAUGAGUGGGAGGUCGUGUCACUCACGGCAUCAACAUAUGCUGCUGCUCCUAACCCAGAGCAAGUUGAUAUGACUCAUGAUGCAAAAAGUGAGUUUGCUGAAGGAAACCAGCCGGAAACUUCUCUCGCAUUAUUUAUGUCGGGUCACUUUGUCUUUCCUCCAAGUGAGCAUGAAAAUUUGCCAUUGGAGCCUGAAACUAAUGAGAUUGACAGUAGCGUACAGCAAAGUGAAGAUUCGGAUUCUCAAUUUGUUGGUGAAGAAGGGAUCCAAUCUGACACUAAGGAGGAGGAAAUUUUUUCAUCCAAAAGGUUGGAUGCCACAGAUGAGUUUCCAGGCAUUCCAAUGUUCGGAGAAAAGGGUAAUAUGUUUGGUGCUACAAGAUUUGAGGAAGGUUCUACAUUUCCAGGGUUAAACAUGGUAGAAAAAGAGCAGAGUUUUUAUGAAACUGAAAAUUUUAGUUCCUAUAAUGAUGACCCAACUAUUGAUGAGUCUUCUGAAGUGGAUGAGGACAUUGCAGCUACUGGUGCGAUAGAAUCUUAUCAUGAUGAUCUGCAUUUGAGCAUAUCGAAUCUGAAAGAACAAGUAGACAAAGAUUAUGAGGGCCCUGAUGUUCCCUUCGGAGCUUGGUGGAAAAGGCGGGCUGCUUCAUUUUACACUCAUGCCAAAGAAGCCAACACAGUUUGGUCUAUAUUCGUCGCUGCUGCUCUGAUGGGUCUGGUUAUUCUUGGCCAGCACUGGCAGCAGGAGAGAUGGCAAGUUUUGCAACUCAAGUGGCAAUUUAGUCUCAACAAUGAGGUACUUACGUUAAUUUAUGGUUUUCUACUGUUGAGGGGCAACUCAAAAGUAAUCACAUUUUCUGCGUGAUUACAACCUGUUAGUGUGGUACAUGUUUGCAAAAUGACAGGGGAAUUUAUCAUCAAUAGUCUGUUUUAUGGUAGGAAAUUAUGAAGUGAUUAGUGAACUAGAUAUAAUUAUAAUACACAACAUAAAUGGAUAACAAUUAUGAGAAUGAUAACGGAGUUCUUGAAUUGCUCCAUAACCGGAUGGGAGUGUUGAAUUGGCUGGAUAUUUUUUUUUUUUGUUUACGUGAUGGUGUUGAGGUGUUGAUCGGGCUCAGCCAUUAUAAUAUCUACUUAGGAUGAGCUAGUACCGUUUCAUUGAUGAGUUAGUGGGUUCUUACUUCUUGAAUUGACACAUGAGGUUCUUGGUUAAUUCAUAACUUGGCUUUCGCAGCUCCAAAUAAAUGAUUUUUUCUGGAAGUUUUAGUUUUAAGAUUUUAUGAAAUCAUCUAACCACCGUGAUUAUUGGUGAUUGCUUUUGAGUUUGACAGAAACCCAAAAAUUGGAAUGUGAAAGCAAAUCUGAUUACUUGAUGAACAAAUGAUGAAAGGACAACUUGCUUCAGUUAUUUCACUGAGAAAGCCACAAUGUUUAAACUGCUACUCCCUCCGGUCCUUAAUAAAUGGCAUUUUGAUUUGUCCUAAUUUUCACCUAGUACGCAUUUAUAAUGGACGAGAAAACCUUAAAAAUAUUUCAUAACAAUCGAAAGAAUACAAAGAAUGUGAAAAUAUAUUUUUAAGGUUUUUUUGUUAGUUAAAAAUGCUUAAUAGGCGAAACUUUAGGACAAAUCAAAAUGCGUUAUAUUAAGGACCGGAGGGAGUAUGUGUGAUUAUUGGUGCACAACUCAACCGUGAUCAUUGACCUUUAGUCAUAGUUGGUUCUCUGUUCUCUAUACCAUGGGCAGCUAUGAAUUAAUAUUUUUCUUUAAUGACAGAGAAUGAGCAGGUUGUUCGGCCCCUUGACUCGUUUGAAAGAUGUGCUUGUGGGUGGUCAACAACAUGGUUCUUUCCUGAGGGCCGGCAGAGCUUCCACAGAGCAUUAAGACAUCCAUUAAGAAGGUUUCAGAAAAGAACAGCAAUAAAAGAUGUCGGGCGAGAAAAUGCGAGGACAGAGAGAAUAUCGGGUUCUGAGUGGGCGGCCCUUUGCUGUUUCUCAAUGUUAGUUUACUUUGAGAUCAGAAGUCUGUAGAUGGUGUUAAUAUUUGCUUAUUAUUGUUUUUACUGCUGUUGAAUUGGCUGAGGGUUUUGUUUAUAAGCUUGAAUAAUUAUUUUGGUGGCUUUGAUAUUUUCAUCGUAAAUAGUUUUAGCUGUGUGAUGAUGGUUGCUAUUUAGCAUAUGCUGGAACUUGUUUCUCGUAAAUAGGUUGAAUGCAGUGGUUGAAUAUUGUAAGUUUGGUUGUAUUUCAAUUACUACUAACAAGCAUGUAGUGAAUUCAAGCCUUUGAAGCCGUAUUUGAGAAUGCAAACUUUCAAAGGUUUGUUAUAAUUGUUGCAGUAAACUUCCCAAUUUACUGCAGAAUGAGCUUUCAGGACCUAAACGCAUUCAAUUUACUACCAGUAAAAAAUAGCUUCCCUAAAAUAGUAACAAAUGAAGAUUUGUAGUUUUAUUAGUUUGUUAUGCAAAAAACAAUGUUCCUGUCAACGACUGUUUCCAAUUGAAAGUUAUCUAAAGUGGUUUGUUUAAUUUCUGAAUAC